AUGUUUAGAGCUUCUUCUUUUAUUACUUCUUUUUCUUUAUUCUUCAUUUACCCAUCCAUCAAACCUGGGGUGAAAAUCCCUCCAAGAUCUCGAGCACGCAGAGUAGAGAGUAUACGUAAGCAAAGGGUAAUUCGGGGAAUCUCUCAUAUUCCAGUAGAAGCACUAAGAAGAAUCAGAAUUAGAAAUGGUUCAAUUGGGGAAAACCCUCUUCUUCAAGGUCUCAACAAUGUAGGAGGAGGCCCUACUUCUGAAACAAACCCAUCAUUCUUACAUUCUUCUGAAGCAGCAGGGGGUAAUCGAAGACACCGUUCACGCCCAUUCUCAAGAUUAAUAUCGGAAAGUGUUGCUUCUCUUUCCUCUAUUUCAUCUGAGAAGUACAGAUGUUCACAAAUUCUACCAGAGAUGAAUACGAAUCCAAAUCUAAAUCCUGUUGUCCCUGUUUCUUCUAGCUCUCCACAAAGAGUGAUUGUUACUACUAUUGUUCAUUUGGAUAAUCUAUCAACUAAUAGUGCUGUAGAGAUUGAUUUGACUACAUGGCAUCCUUCUUCUUCUUCUGCUAGGAGAGCUGUUGUUUUAAGGGCGUUGAGUUUGGAAGGUCGAACUUCUGAUGAAGAAGAAUAA